AUGGAACUUGAUUUCCUAUCCCCUAGAGCACGGGAAAUAAACAAGAAAAAACUGAGUCUUUUGUAUUCUCUAAAAAACUAAAAUAUUGAAUAAAACGACCCUAUCAAUGAAAACGUUUCCUUCAUUAAAAAGCUAACAGGUGAUCACCCAUUGAACGACGUAAUUAAGGAGUGUUAGAACAAUGUGAGAGAGGGUUUUUUAACUCCAUUAACGAAUGUAUGGCAAAUAAUCAUUUAAGAGGUCUUCCAUUUCUCUAGAAUUCACAGCAAGCAUGUUUGUUGAAGAAUUAUUGGACAGCAUCAAAAUAAAACAUAUUAAAAUACUACAGUUAGAUGAACUCAUCAAUAAUUUGAAAAACAAUAUAGAAAUUAUUCAAAAAAUAGAAAUUAAGUAACAAUCCACAAAUCUAAAAGAACUUUAUGAAAUCUUUAUACUCAAUUAACCUAAAGAUGAUAAUUAUCAAUUGUAUCUAAAUGAUGAAAAAUUAUACCCUUAAUAAUGGCAUUCUUGCCCAUUUAAUGUCAAACAUAAAUUAAAUUUUACCCUAUUUUCCAACAAUAAUAAAAUGCUUGAAGUUAUUUCUGUUGAUAUGAUCUAUGUAUAUAUAUACAUUAAUCUUUAGUAAAUUGGCAAUAAUUGCGUCAAUAUUAAACCAAAUGAAUACCAUCAGAUACUCCAAAUUAAAUUUUUAGAGGAAUCAAAUAAUCCUAUUCAAUAUGAUUUACAGUAUAAAACAAUAUUAUUAUAGGAUUUAAUUAUUUUAUAAUAUGACAAAUGAUUUAAAGAAGACAAUAAUUAAAACUUUGAAAUAAGAAAUUGAAGAAAUAGAUCAUAAAAUUAUAGAUAUGAUAGAUAUUAUUAAUAGAAUGUUAGAACCAUUUUCUAAUAAUGGAUUUAAAUAUUUAAGAUAUGAAGGCUUAAUAGAUAAUUAAAGCAUAUCAAAAAUUAGAAAUCAUUGUUGUAACAUUUUCUGA